AUGGAGAACACUCUCAACAGCAGCGGCUCCAGGAGCAGCGGUCCGGGCCUCACCCUGGCGCCCUCCGACACAAUGCGGGAGGUGCUGGACGCGCUGGUCAUGUUCACCUGCGUGGGCGGCAUCGUGGGCAACGGCCUGGUGGUCUGGCUGCUGGGCUCCCGGCGGCGGAGGGGCCCGCUGGGCAUUUACCUGCUCCACCUGGCCGUGGCCGACCUCCUCUUCCUCCUCUGCUCGGGCAUUCUGAUCGUCCUGAGCGCCAGCUCCUGGGGGGCCCGCGUGCACCACCUGGGUCCCCGGGCGGUGAGGAGCGCCGGGUACCUGGCCUACACGGCGAGCCUGAGCCUGCUGACGGCCGCCAGUGCCCAGUCCUGCCUCCCCGGCCUCUUCCCCACCUGGCACCGGGGCCGCUGGCACAGGCGCCUGUCAGCUGCGGUGUGCGCCGCACUCUGGCUGCUGGCCGUCCUGCUGGUCAUGCCGGCCUGGUACUUCCGUGACGAGGCCAAGCACCCCCACUCGUGGCCGGGAUCCAAGGUGGAGACCGUCCUGCACUUCUUCACCCUGGUCAGCUUCACGCCCGUCAUGGCCCUGUCUGGGAUGGCUCUCUGCAUCCAGGUGCAGAGGAUCUCGCGCCCAUGGCAGCGGCCGCUCACACGGCUCUACAUGGCCAUCCUGCUCUGCGUCUUUGUGUCCCUCGCCUGCGCCCUGCCCCUCGGCAUCUCCGGGUUCCUGCUCUACUGGCUGGACCUGCCCCAGCGCGCGAAGACUCUCUUCGGCCACUUCACCUGCCUCUCUCUGUCCGUGAGCAGCAGCAUCAAACCGAUGAUCUAUUUCCUGGUUGGCAGUGGGGGCCGCUUGAGCCUGCGGGAGCCCCUGGGACCCACGUUCAGCAGGGUGCUGCAGGAGGAGCCUGAGCUGGAGGAGGGGGAGACGCCCUCCACUGACCCCAGUGACAAGGGUAGACUCCCGAAGAGGAAGGCCUGA